CCUAUAUAAGGGCCCUCAAUUCCGGGGGAGAAUCUUCUUCUCAUCUUUCCUGACCAUCUCUCUCUCUCUUCUUCUUCUUCGUGGAAAAAAUCUUCUCUACAAAAGUCCUCCGACUAAAAGUCUCAAAAGUCUUCCCCACAACUCCAUCCUACUAGUACUUCUACCCCUCCAACCUCAACUCCACCCACUCUCAACUCUCACAACAACCCUCCUCAACCAAAACAACCAUCAAAAUGUACUCCUACACUCCCACCAGCAAGUUCCUCGUCCUCGCCCCCAUCGAGGCCGGUCCCUCCUCCAUCAACCCCGCCGACCAGUCCGCUGCCGCAGUCCGCGAGCGCUCCAGCAGCCAGUCCUCGACAGUCUCGGUGGGCUCGCAAGUAGGCGAAGCCGUCUCCUCUCUGCCGCAGGCCUUUCUCUACCUGGGAAUGGACCAGCGGAAGUAAAUCACUUUAAUGUGCAGUCGUUUGUCUGCCACGGCGACAUGCAUGCAUGUCCCCGUCUUCGCACCGCUCGCGCUGGCCACGACUAGUCUCCUCUGCUCUACCUGUCUCACUGCUGGGUAUCUACCCAUUCACCAAGACAUAGGAUUGUUGGUUUAUCCUAGCCGAUGAUGAACUGGGCUCCGUAAGAAUCAGCGGUGGAGGAGUGAGGAGGGGGGAGGUGGAAGGCUGCAUGUGGCAUUCGUACAUGUUAUUUUAUUCUGGCGCUUUUCUUUUUCUUUUCAGUACUUUAUUACCUGCUCUGUUCGUGUUGAGCCCAGACAAUAUGUCUAUUUGCAUGCUACAGGUAUACCAACUACCAAUGAUACCUCACACCACCAUAU